UCCUUGCCCCGCCUCUACUUCUGCCUACGUCACCGCUGUAAACACGGAAGUGCGCCGUGUCUUUGAAAACAAGGCGCCAUCGGCUGCUCGCAGAUUCACAGGUGAAAGGUCCAGAGGGAUGCCAGCUUCGGAACCGGUCCGGCUGGGUCGGAAACGGGUCCUGCCGUCCUGCCCGAACCCGCUGUUCCUCAAGUGGCUCACCGAGCUCCGGGACGAGGCGAAAGAGAAGGGCCUGAAGACCCAGUACACCUACCAGAAGGCCAUCAGCUCCUUGAAUAAGUACCCGUUACCGCUUCAGAACGCCAAAGAGGCAAAGAUCCUCCAGAACUUCGGAGACGGCAUCUGUAAAAUCCUGGAUGAUAAACUGCAGCGGUACCUGAGAGAUAACGGUGAAGACGCUCCAAUUCACUCUCUCCCUGAAGGAGCGCCCCCUGCUGGCAGACGAGACAACAACAACCUGGCUCCAUCCAAGAAGAAAAAUGCAGCAGGGGAUCAUGGGAAAGACAAAGGAGGAGGACGAGGAGGAGGAGGAGCAGCGGGGAAGAGGAAGAGGGAGUACGUUCCCCAGAAGAGGUCUGGAGGUUACGCUGUGCUGCUCGCCCUCUACAGAGAGUCACAGAUCCCAGGUGGAAAGGGUUACAUGUUUAAGAUGGAGCUGCAAACGGAAGCUCAGCCUCUGUGUGACAAAUCCUUCACUGUCCCAGAUCUGGGCAGUAAGUACACCGCCUGGUCUUCAGUGAGCACUCUGAUCCAGAGGAACCUGCUGAUGAAGACCCACAACCCUGCCAGGUAUUCUCUGACAGAGGAAGGUUCGGCUCUGGCGGAGCGUCUGGACUCGGCAGAACGAGGGAGUAAAGACGACCCAGAGGAGGUCAGGAGUGUUGGAGACGAAGACGAAGAGGAGGGCGGUCCUGGUGUUGUGGACCUGACUGCGAGUGAUGAUGAGGAAGAAGACGAGAAGGAGGAAGAACAGAUACAACCUGCAGAAAGGCUGACGUGUGUCGGCCAGCAGAGGACUGAAGCUGACGGGACGCGAGACGCAGGAAACACGAAGGCAACAAGCAGGAAGCCGAGCGCAGGAAGUCUUCUGCCUGGAACGUAUGAGAUCAUUCUCUGUGUCGACUUCAUCGAGACGACUGGCGGCGGCAGCCACCACCGCAAACAGGAGCUGGUCAAAGAGCUGCAGAGGAACGGAGUCAGCUUCGAUGUCAGGAAGCUGAACGUCGGAGACUUCCUGUGGGUCGCUCGAGAAAAGGUUGCACCUGUUCCAGGUCAGCUGCGCGCCCCUGCAGCCCGGGAGCUCGUCCUCGAUUACGUCAUCGAGAGGAAGAGGAUGGACGACCUCUGCGGCAGCAUCAUCGACGGACGCUUCAGGGAACAGAAGUUCCGACUGAAGAGGUGUGGUCUUCGCAAGCCCGUCUACCUGGUGGAGGAGUGUGGGACGGCCGCCUCCCACCUGAGUUUACCUGAAAGUACUCUGCAGCAGGCCAUCGUCAACACACAGGUUGUCGACGGCUUCUUUGUGAAGAGAGUCCAGGAUGUGAGGGAGUCGGCGGCCUACCUCACCGUCAUGACGCGAUAUCUGACCAAACUGUACCAGAACUGCACGCUGAUGUGUCGCUCCAGAGAGCUGGAGGGUGAUGGAGGGAGUGAGGAGGAGGUGGAGGAGCGAGGGAGACCGUCCUGCUCUCUCAUCUCUUUCGCGGAGUUCAACCACGGAGCCGUCAAAAACAAGUGUCAGACGGUCAGAGAAGUGUUUGCCAGACAGUUGAUGCAGAUCAGUGGUUUGUCUGGAGACAAGGCGGCAGCUAUACUGGAGCACUACAACACUCCACACAGUCUUCUUACAGCCUAUAAACGGUGUGUGAGUGAAGCAGAGAAAGAGAAACUCCUCUCCUCCAUCCGAUAUGGGAAGCUCAAAAGAAACCUGGGCCCGGCUCUGAGCAGAACAGUCUAUCAGCUCUACUGUACUCAAGGAGCGCUGACGUAGAUGAACAGUCAUCAUUCAGUUAUUUUCUGUCUCAUAGACGGACGCUCACUCACCUCGUACUGUCAAUACUUAUUAAUUUUCAGUUCCUACGUUACUUGAAGAGAAUUCAUUUGAAUGUUUGUUUGUGUGAAGAUGCUGCUACAUUUUGAGAGCUGUAAAAUACCUCAGAUGUGUCCUCAAUAAAGUUUAUUUUGGAUAGUA